AUGGGACUGAGCGUCAUUGGCUCCAUCUUCAACAUCACCGCCAUCGCAAUCAACAGGUACUGCUACAUAUGCCACAGUUUUGCGUACGACAAAGUGUACGGUUGGUGGAACACCAUGAUGUACGUCUGCUUGAUUUGGGUGCUGACGGUUAUCGCGACGGUGCCCAAUUUUUUCGUCGGCUCUCUCAAGUACGACCCGCGCAUCUAUUCGUGCACCUUCACCCAGACGGCCAGCUCCUAUUAUACCAUUGCCGUGGUCGUCAUCCACUUCAUCUUGCCCAUCACCAUCGUGAGCUUCUGCUACCUUCGAAUCUGGAUCCUGGUGAUCCAAGUGCGGAGGAGAGUAAAGUCAGAAGUCAAGCUGAGGCUGAAGCCGAGUGACUUCAGGAACUUUGUCACCAUGUUUGUUGUGUUUGUGAUCUUUGCCUUUUGCUGGGCGCCACUGAACUUCAUUGGGCUGGCUGUGGCCAUCAACCCUUCCGAAAUAGCGCCCAGGGUUCCCGAGUGGUUGUUUGUGGUGAGUUACUUCAUGGCCUACUUCAACAGUUGCCUUAACGCAAUAAUCUAUGGACUUCUGAACCAAAACUUCCGGAAGGAAUACAAACGGAUCUUAAUGUCCUUGUGGGUGCCAAGGCUGCUUUUUCAGGACACAUCCAAAGCAGGGACCGAAGUUCAGAAGAGCAAGCCGUCUCCUGCUUUAAAUAACAAUGACCAGUUCAAAACCGAGACCUUGUAG